AUGUCUGCGGGGUGCGCCAGCCGCCUGCUGGGGGCAACGGCGCCCAGCCGCCCGCCCACGCCGCCGCCGCGCGACAUGCCACAGCUGCGCCCGCUGGCGCCAUGCCUGGGCCUGCUGCUCCUGCUGGCACUGGUGCUGGGCAGCAGCGGCGCUGGGGCGUCUGGCAACGACCUGAACAUCCAGAUUCAAGUGGGGAUCGACACAGACUACAUCGGCAGCCCCGCCAACCUGACGGUUGACCCAUCACUGCUGGCGCUCAUCCCACAGCACCUCGACAUCAGGCCGCGGUACAACCUCGUGUACCGCUUCACCGUCCCCUUCAAGCCGAUGGCGGGCAUGUGUGUGGGCGUGCAGCAGGGCAGGAACGUGUCUGUGUCAGGCACGGCCUCCACCACGGUGCCCGGCUUCCCGCCCCGGCAGAUCUCUUCCAACGACACGCUGUGGGUGCUGGGCGCCACAGCCCCCUGCAACUCCACCCUUCAGGACACCGGCUCCCAAGCUGCGCCCGCCACCUUCCAGGCCCUGGCGCAGCGCAGGGUGUCUGCAGACGUGCCCGCAAACAUCAGCUACCAUGUGCUGUUCUGCAACCAGGGCGACGAGUACUGCCUGCUGUACCGCAUCACCAAGUGGGCCUGCUACGAGGGGCGUUGCCGAGUCUCGCCAGACCGCUCCCUGGCCCUGGCGCCCCUCCAGCUCUUCAACUACACGUCGGCGUCAGACAUGGAACGCACCUUUGGCUUCCUAGCCGGCCUCAUCCAGCUGGGGUACAGCGACGCCUUCAUCAAGUCGGUGUACCGCGAGUGGCAGCUGUACUGCGGAAUAGAGUACUCAACAACAGACGCGCUGAAUUCCUUCUACACCAAAUUCAAGGAGACCAUAGCCGUGAUUUACAACAAGGCCAAGGACAAUGUGGAUGAGUCCAUCCCAGGGCUGACCAUCUUUUCGGACUACUCCCAGGCCGACUAUGCAGACCUGGUGCUAACCACGGUGCCGCCGCCCCAGAACGGCACCGCCAACGGCACCAGCUCUGGCAGGCGCCGCUCGCUGGCAGCGGCGGGCGGCGCGCGGCGCCGGCUGCUGGCUGACCUGCCGGCCAGAUUUGACUGGCGGGACAAGGGCAAGGUCACGGAUGUCAAGGACCAGAGCGUGUGCGGCAGCUGCUGGGCCUUUGCGGCCACUGCCUCUAUCGAAUCCAAGCUGCUGAUUGAGCUGGGGCUGACCGCCGAGCGAGCUGGGAACCUGGACCUCAGCGAGCAGCAAGCGGUGUCUUGCACCGACUGGGACUGCAACGGCGGCCACUCGGUGGAUGUGUUCAGCAUGGGGGAGUCGCUGCGGGUGCUGCCGGAGGCGGAGUGGGCCUACGCCAGCGGCCUGAGCCUGCUGAAAGGAUCGUGCGAUGUUAAGGCGAGGGCCGCCUCCAACCCGGGCAUCGAGGUGACUGUGGAGGGGUAUGACGAGUACUGGUGGCCGCCUCAGACCAGGGAGCACCUCAUGGAGCUGCUGGUCACUCAGGGCCCCAUCGUUGUGUACAUGGACGCCACCAGCCUGCAGUGGUACUCCUCCGGUGUGGUCAAGGCCUCUGAGUGCUCCUCCAACUACAACCACGUGGUGCUGCUGGUGGGGUACGACACGAGCGACGCAGGCGGCGCCGGCUCCUGGAUCCUCAAGAACAGCUGGUCCAAGUGGUUUGGCGACGACGGCUUCUUCCGCCUGUCGAUGGAGGAGGGCAGCAACGGCUACGGCACCUGUGGCGUCUUCACAUUUGCCUUCUACCUGAGGGGCGUGGCGCUGACGCGGGGCGCGCUGACCGCCACCACGGCCCUCGCCUCCCCCGCAACCUCGCCCGCCGUCCCCAAGACCUCCGCGACCUCGCCCUCCUUCUCCGAAGCCUCCGCCACGUCCCCGGCCCCCAAAACCGCCGCCCCGCCCCCGAACCCCAAGACCGCCGCCCCGCCCCCGACCCCCAAGACCGCCGCGCCGCCCCCGACCCCCAAGACCGCCUCCCCGCCCACGUCCCCCAUCGCCCCGCCCGCCGCGGCCGCCGCCACGCCCCAAGCCGCCACGUCCACCACCAAAGCCGCGACUGCCGCGUCCGCCGCCGCCGUCCAGGACGAGAGCGAACGUUCGGAGGAGGCUGUGAAGGGGCGCCAUUGUCUCUGA